AUGGUCAAGAGAAGGCGAAGCAACGGCCCUCCUGCCGCUGCCGAUCCGGAGGCUGCCGAAAACUCGUCAACUUCUUUCAGCCAGUCAGCGGACAAGCCACCAGCAGCAGUAGGAGAGGCCGCGGACGCGGAAGACCGACAAGGAUGCAAGGAUGCCAAGGAGGAGGAGGAGGAGGAGGAGGGUGAGGGACACGAUAUACCUGCAGUAGCCGGGCAGGAGGGUGACGGGUCAGGCGAAAAGCGAAAGCGAAAACGAACGCGGACGCGGAAAAAGAAGAAGGGCGGCGGCGCAGGUGGUGAAGGUGCCGAUGAAGAGGGCGAGGAAGCGGCCGGUGGUGGAGGUGGCGGGGUUGCCCGGGGUGGAGGGGGGGGGGGGACGAUGUCGGACACUGUUUACGUCGAGGGCAUCCCAUGGACCUGCGAUGAGAGCGACGUCCGGGAGUUCUUCAAGGGCUGCGGCAAGAUCACCGACGUCCGGAUGCCGAGGUGGCAGGACUCCGGCCGGCCCCGCGGCUACGCGCACGUGGCCUUCGCCGGCUCCAGCGGCGCGCGGGCGGCGUUCGGGCGCGACGGGCAGUACCUCAACGGGCGUUACCUCACGGUGCAGCAAAUAACGGUAGAAAGCAACAACCACGCCCUGCAGGCACCGCAAGAGCCCGCGACGGAGAAGGCGAGGCGAGCCAACCGCAAAGCGGAGCAGCCGACCGGGUGCAGGACGGUCUUCGUGAAGAACUUGCCGUACGACGUGGAUGAAGACGCCGUCAGCGAGGCCCUCGCCGGCUGCGGACGCAUCGCCUCCGUACGCCUGGCCAUGUGGAACCACACUCGCAAGCUCAAGGGGUUCGGGUACGUCGAGUUUUCGACAGAGAGGGGGGCAGAGACGUGCGUCCGGACGCAGCAGAACCUGUCCAUCGGGGGGCGGCCGCUGGUGGUCGACUUCGAGACGGGCGCGCCCAAGGGCUCCUUCCGGAGGCAGGACGGGGCUCAGAUAAAGAAAACCUCGGCCGACGCCGGGGUCGGGAAGGGGAAGGCUCCCAAGUUUAAGGUUCACGUUUGAUACGGGGGAAGGGGGGGACCGAACUGGUACCGCGUGCUUAUGGUCAGUGGGAGGAGGAAAGGCGAGCGUUGUGUCAUGAGUUUGCUGGCGGCUGGGCAUGUGAAGGUACAUGUAUUAGUUGUAAGCCAUGCUUGCGCGGGCAUGUGUGGCAGCUACUGCCCUGAACUGCUUACCCACAAGCGCGGGGUGAGGAUGAGAAGUGGACGUUCCACGGAUGCAGGAAUCUCUUGUUUCCGACCCCCCGAGGCAGCACCCGUGCGCGUAUACUUCAGUCACACGUUCGUAACAGUAGGUGCCGGCGGAUUUGUUUGUUUUUGUUCUUGCCUUGGUCAUUGGUUGACAUG